UUUUAGAGUUAUAUAUAUAUUUAGGCAUAUAUAAUAUUUUCUAAUAUAAUAUAUGAAGACAAGCUAAAAAUGAACCAAAAGAAGUCUUUCCGAAUAAAUAUUAAGCAGAAUGUUCCACCGGGACAGCGGUCCCAUGAUCCUGUAAACAGGACAAUAAAGCCUGAAGAAGUUGUCGUAGUAAGAUCAAAGGGUGAGGGAUCAAAACCGUUAUUUUCACGUGACAACAUUGUUGUAAAUCAAGAUUUUAACAGCAGUGAUUCUGAUGAUGCUAAGUAUAAACGAAGCAAAUAUGAAAAUGAAAGACAGAAUUCAAAGAAUUACAGAAGAAGGAACUCGUCAUCUAGGUCGCCCUCAGUAGAUGUUGAUUAUAAACAUAAAUCAAAAACUUUAGUGAGACAUAAAAGACGUUCCAGAUCUCUCUCUCCUGAAAAUAGUGCAAUUAAGAAACAUUAUCUUAAAGAAAAAAGUCCUUAUUAUGUUGAUGAACAACGGGAAAAGGAUAGAAUUGCUAGGAAAUAUGAUAGAAGAAAAACAAGAUCUAGGUCCAGGUCUCCUUCUCGAGGCAAUUAUCGCCGUAGUCGAGGUUCUGAAAGAAGGAGUAGGUCACUCGAUAAUAGAAGAGCAUCUCAUAAAAGGACUAGAUCACCAACUAGAAAAAGAACUCCUGAGGAAGAGGAUUCUUAUUAUGUAGAUCCUCAAAGAGAGAAAGAUAGGUUACGGGAAGAAAGAAAACGUUAUGAGAAAAUUCUAAAGGAGAUUCGAUCAAAAUCUCAUUAUAGGUAUCCCUCUAGAUCUCCGUCAAGAAAGUAUGUAGAAAGUGAAAGUAGGUAUCGAUAUAGGAGGUCCAGGACGAGAUCAAUUUCAAGAUCAAGAGGAAGUCGAUCUUAUGAUAGGGAUUGGAGCGUGAUGAGAUAUGAAAGGAUAAGAGAACGACCACCUUAUGUAGAACCUUCAUAUCCUGCUCCUCAUGGUUACCAUGGUUACAGAGAGGAAUUAUACUGCCAGCCAAUGGCGCCUAUGAUUAUGCCCCCUUACUCGUUACCGAGGAUGGCAGCUCCUCCGAGAUACAUGCCAGCUCAUGCUUCUGGUUAUGGGCAUCCGCCUUUAAGGUCUAGUUAUUAUCCAUCCUCUCGAUCUAGUUUAUAUCAUGUGCAACCAUCUAGGUAUCCCUACAGGCCCAUUUGAUGAGAAACUGCGUAAUGACUAUUGUUCUGGUAUGAAAUUAAUUUAUGAUUCAAUAAAUAAAGAAUGGACUGAAAAUUAU